GUUGAAUAUAUUUCAGGGAAGGUUUUUUUUACCACCUGUUCUGAUUUGAAUAUGCUGAAGACAUUAAAAUCUGCAGAAAGAUUAUUUUUGCUGAUUAAGAAGCAGAUUCCAUUUACUGUUUGUUCUGUAAGUAAAGGAAAACCACUGAAUGAAAUACAAAGACUUAUAAAUGACGAUCCAAGAAGUUGGUUAAAUGCCAUCUCAAUUUGGAAAAAUCUUCUGGAGCUUGAUGCAAAAAAGGAAAAACUUUCAGACACAGAUUUUAAGUCACUAAAAAGAAAGCUGGAAAAAAAUGAAGUCAUCGAUGCUAAAAAAUUUAAAAUAGAACAAGCACAAGAGAGAGAAGAGAAUAGGGAAUGCCAGCUUGAAAAACAGCUCGAAGAAAAACUGGAGCAAAGAGAUUUUCCUGCGGAAAGAGGAAUGUUUCAAGAAUUUCAGAAUGACGCAGAGAACUCAGCUGAUAAUCACAACCAGGAGGACUUGACUUUCAGAGUUUCUUGUCGCUGCAGUGGAACUAUUGGAAAGGCCUUUACUGCCCAGGCGGUAGGAAGAGUAAUGGGGAUUGCCCUGAGGAAGCAGUUUGGAUGGAAAGCAAAUCUGAGGAACCCAGAUUUAGAGAUUUUCAUACACCUAAAUGACAUUUACUCUGUUGUGGGGAUUCCUGUGUUCAGGGUUCCUUUAGCCAGCAGAGCUUACAUCAGGACAGCUGGAUUGCGAUCUACCAUAGCAUGGGCCAUGGCUUCACUGGCUGAAAUUAAGGCCGGUGCAUUUGUUUUAGAUCCGAUGUGUGGACUUGGAACAAUACUUUUGGAAGCUGCUAAGGAAUGGCCAGAUGUAUAUUACGUGGGUGCUGACGUCAGUGACUCACAGUUAAUAGGUGCAGGUGACAAUCUGGAAGCUGCAGGCCUUAAGGAUAAAAUCGAGUUACUUAAAGUCUCUGUUAUAGAAUUGCCAUUGCCAUCAGAAAGUGUCGAUGUUAUUAUUUCUGACAUUCCAUUCGGAAAAAAGUUUAAGUUAGGAAAAGACAUCAAAAGCAUUCUGCAAGAAAUGGAAAGAGUGCUUCAUGUUGGCGGAACCAUCGUAUUGUUGCUUAGCGAAGAUCACCAAAGGUGCCUUAAAAUUUGUGAAGAGAGCAGCAUCUCUUCAGAGUCCAAGGGCAGCCACACAGAUGGGCCUGGAAUUAUGAAGUGCUUGAAUCCUGAAGAAAAAUACAGCAUAUCAAAGACAGUGUCAUCUUCCUUCAACACCAGUGACCAGGAGUGCUUAGACAAAAUGUCACCAUUCGGCUCUUUGGUGCCAGUGGAAUGCUACAAAGUUAGCCUAGGAAAAACAGAGGCAUUCAUAUAUAAAUAUAAGAAGUCACACCCAUGUUGACAGUGCCAGGCUAGAACCUUCAGUCAGGUUCAAGUCAUUCUAUGUUGACUGGCAGCUGCAGAAGUUUGCUGUCCCGAGAGUUCUUUGUGGUGCCCGUGGAGCUGAGAGGUGUGGCUGAUUGAUGCACAUCCUUAGUAACAGUUUCUGCUUAAAGUCGUAC